AUGCCUCCGGUGGUCUGUCAGAUCCACCGCCUCCAGCAACCUAUGGAACCCGCCACCGUCGCCACGCCGUGCGGCGACGCGUCGUGUGGAAGGUUCUGGGUGCAGGGCCCGCCAGCCCAGCUAGGCCUGCCCGGCCUGUCCGUGGUGACCAGCUCCGCCGCGCACUGGCUGCGCCGCCUCGUCUGGGUGCUGGUGUUGGUCGCGGCACUGACCGCGCUCAUCGUACAGCUGGUGGGCACCACAGAGCGGCUGCGGGGUCGUUCAGUCGUGGUCAGUUCGAGGGAGACUAUGCAACUGCGCGUGCCGUUUCCAGCCGUCACGAUGUGUGCCGGUCACCCCUUCAAGGAGGGGGCGGUGCUGAGCUUGACGCGGAGCGGCACGACGCUGUCGCAGUGGCGGGCGCUGCCGCCCGCGCUGCGCUUCGAGCUGCUGCGUUGGCAGGAAAUCAGCUUGGACGAGUUCUUCCAGCGCGCCACCUACGCGUGGAGCGAGCUCGUCUCCAACUGCACCUUUAACCGCCUGCCGUGCGAAGACGUGAGCACGGUGAGGUCGGUGGUGUCCAGCCAAUACGGCAGGUGUCACACGCUGACCCUGCACGUGCCGACCAACGGCACGUGGUCGACACCGCAGCUGAAGCUAGACCUGGCCCUCUCCGAGCCGAGCGAAGUACGUGACAACGUCGGCUGGUACGUGAUGCUGCACCCGCACAACCUGCCCUUUAGCGACAUCACGCCAUUCACGGGGCAGGUAAGCCAAGUGACCGUGCCGGUCAACACUGAGUCGCGCGUGCGCCUGCAGCAGCGCACCAACCGCUACAUCUCCAAUAACAGAGACGGAGCCUGCUCGCGCCACAUGACGGCGAAGAAGUUUGCCUCCUGCUUGGCCGACUGCCUGCAGGGUAACUCGAGCUUGCACGGCGUGUGUGACGAAGGUCAGGGGAGCGGCUGCGUGUCGCCCUGCAGCCUGCCCUGGCAGAAGCAGCGCCGACCUGACCGCGGCCCCUGUCGCUCCUUCGCCGACAUGCAGGCGGCGUUGAGCUUCGAGCGCAACUUGCGCGCUCUGCACGAGGAGGAGGUGUACAACGCGUUCUUCCACUGCGAGUGCGCCUCUCCCUGUGAGGCCACCUUCUACCCGGUGGAGACGCCCGACCGCCUGGUGUGGCGCCCGCCAGAUGAAGAAGAAGAAGGGCGGGUUCUGGGCGACCGAAGUGGGCGCCCAAAACAUAGGCGCCCAGAACUUGGUGCUGCGCCCAAGAAACAUGGGCGCAUGGCACGGGUUCUGCUCUGGAUCUCGACGGGCGUCCUGCUGCAAACUGAGUCCUGGAGCUUCUCGUUUCCCCAGUUCGUGGCGGAGGCGGGCGGCAACCUGGGCAUCAUGCUGGGGGCCUCGCUGCUCUCCCUGGUCGAGAUCGCUGACUUAGUGGUGUUCUGGGUGGCGAGGCAAGUUUCACCAUCUGCAGAUCGUCAUAAGGUGGCGCCUCUGAUGGCGAAGCGGCGGUUGCGUGUUGGUACGUUCUGA